AUGGAUAACUUGGUUUGUUUAAAGUUAUUAAGAUCCAGAAGAAGGUGCAACCAAAAUGAGAUAGAUAGUAUCCUGCCCAACCAAUGUAACGACAUAGUAGCUCUGCUUUUCUUCAAAAGGAGAAGUAACUCUAAAGAUAAAGGCCUUAAUUUGUGCUUUAAUUUUUUCAACAGUCGUAAUAGUGCCCAUUUUUUCCUAAACAGUCAUACGCUAAACUGCUUCUGGAUAUGUUGCGACAAGGAGACUUUUACAAAAGGGAAAAGUGUGCAAUAUCAAAUUCCCGUUUUGAUAUCGCAACAACCUGCCGUUUUAAAUUUCUACAAUUUUGCACAUGUCAUUAAAAUAAAUGCUCAUCUUGAAAAUAGAGAAAUAAUAAUUGAAGGUAACUCUCUCCAGCUCCAUAUUUAUAAAAAGGCACACACACAUGGAAAGACAAGUGAAAGGAAUAAGUUGUACAAUUUUUAUAUUUCCUACGAUAGGCUUUUUCGCUUUGUCGUUUCUUUGAAUGAAAAACUCUCCUUUUUGGAAUCGUUCAAUGAAAAAUUUGUGAAAAUAAUUCCAAAGGGCGAAAGCUCCUUCUUCAUCGUGCUAAACGACAUCGUCUGCAUUAAGCUGAUAGCGAAAGGACUAAGCUUAAAAGUGACAAAAAUAUCAAGCUUGCAAAACAUUCUGACCAAUGUGAGUGAUUAUAUUUACUUCCAGAAGUGUGUUUAUCGAACCUUUUUCACCGACUUCGAAGUUAGUCAUGAUCUGUCGCACGUAUUGUUGGUCGACCUGAGCAACCAGCUUUGGUCCUUUGAUUUAGAAAUGUACCAUCGUCUUAAUUUGGAGAGUGGAAAAAAUGAAGGCAUUUUUACGAAGAAGAAAAAAAUAAAGAACGUUGAAAUGUAUUUGUUACACACAAGGGAGGAGCCAUUCAGAUAUGUAGAAAUUUGCCAAAAUGGAGAUGAACAAAACGAGUUCCACUCAGAACAGAAGGAAUUCAUCCAUUUUGAGCAAGGUAAAAAAAAGGUAAAGUUCAACUUUGAAUCCUAUUUUCCAGACUCCUUCAAAUUAAGACAGAAAUGGAUUUACGUAAAUCAAGCGUGCAGCAGAGAGAGGGAUAACAAUGUUAUUAGCAUAUGGAAUUACAAAAAUUUGGAGAACUCCAGAUAUGCUUACAUACUUGGAGAAAUGAAAAAUCGGUGUGGAGAAAAACGGAACUUCUACCAAUCUGCCCACCAAGGAGAACCAUCUGAGGAGAAGGGGAAAAACAGCCAUCGGGAAAGUUACACAAAAAUGUUAUAUUUCUAUGAAUGGGAGAAGAGAUCCACCUAUUACAUAAAUGUUUUAAAUCAUUUUAGUGAAUAUGAUGCAUGCUCCCAUGACGAUUUAGGGAGCAAUGGUGCAAACGUCUCGGGCUAUGAACGUUUGGAAACUAAUAGCGAAGAGUCGAUAGGAUCCUAUUGCAUAAAAAUGGAUUACCACCUUGAGAAGAAGUAUAGUAUUGACGAAAAUGAGCAAAUGUAUCGAAACGUUGCUAGUCGGAGGGAUGGAGGAGUCAACAGAGUGGGAGAAAUAUACGCAGUGCGUGCCAAUAUGGGUAUCCUUAUAAAUGGCAAACCCACCGAUUUCUAUACCUACGGUGAACAGCCAGACAGGUGCGGCCAAAAAAGGGGGGGCUAUUCCUAUGUAGAGCCGUGCCUCCCCAGCAACGCCUCGACUCCGCACAAACCAGGAGAUCCCAAUUUAGAGCAAUCCAUAAGAAGACUUAAUCAGGUACUCCCAAAAUAUAUACAACACAUCCACGUGUACGAUCACUUCACCGAUGUAAAAAAAUUAUUCCUCAUUAAGCGAUUUCUAAAGUGGAAUAAUAAACGUGUAGAUAAUUUGAACAAGGCGAAAAGUAAACAUUCCCUGUAUGGUAAAAAUGUCAGCAGGGUAAAGUUACAUUUAUGUAGGAAGUACUUUUUUGCUGAAUAUGUACUCCGUCCAGUGGAGGAAGAGGAAGGUAGACAAAUUGAGCGAUACCUAAUUGUUCUCAAAAGGGAGGGUAGCCAGAUUAAGUUCCUAUCCACACUGAAGAAUUACAACUAUUUCUACCUAAGCAGCAAAUGGCAUGCUCUGAUCCAUGUUGAUGAUGUGCUAUGCAAAGUGCUAUUCACAAAUUACAUGCACACUCUGUUCAGCAUCAGUGCAUACAACAAGAGGGAACAGACAGAGAGAAUUCUAAAAAUGAAUAAUAUGAAGAGGCAUUACCACUACUUUGUCAUGUUAUACAACGGGUUCUUAAAUAAAGACAUGAUUUUAAUUAGAAAAACGUUGAGAAUACGUUCCUUCAAAGAGACGGUACUCCUAUGCAGAAUGCUAUUUCACUACAUUUGGAGUAACUUCAACAUGGAAAUAAUUUAUUUUUACUUCUUUGAUUAUUUUUCCUUCAUAAAUCAUGUGUGGAAGAAGAGAUACAAACGGAAGAUGAACAGUUUUAUGAGCAUUGUAAAGCACAAGAGGGAGUGCAUACAGAUAUACAUGACAUUGUCCUUGAGAAAAAUCUCCGAUAUAGUUGACGUGAUUGGAAAGAAGUACCUCUGUUUUCGGGAAAGCAACGAAUUUGAACGAUCGAAGAUGCAAGACGGGUUUGGGGAAAAUGCUAAGGGCAUACAGAAUGGGGGUACCUAUGCCCUACAUAAUAAUAAAAAGAAGAAGAAAAAGACUAUCCAAAUGAAUAUUACAUUUUCGAAAGGUAAACAGACGCAAAGGGGCAAUUUAAAGGACUCCUCCGAAAUCUUAAGCCAGCAAAAUGGAACCUCCCUCAUUCCUCAAAGCAAUCCCCUAAAAGGUGGAACCUUCGCAGAUGGCCAUCUCGCUCACCCAACUUCGACGAAAGAGACGCGGGGAGAAGCAGAACUGGUAGAGGACCCACCUAAAGUCAACCCCCGUUGUAAUAACUCCACCCAACUGAAGAAGAGUCCCGCACAAGAGGGAAAUAAGCCAUCCAGGUCCACAAACCUGAACUCUGAUAUACCGCCUUACGGGAAAAGAACCAAACGUGUCACAGAUGAAAGCAGGAGGAGGAGCAGCAGAAGGAACAUUCACAGCAACGACAACAGCAAAGACAUAAAAAUAUUUCUCAUAUACUACUUCGAAAAACUGUGCUUUCGCGAUAACUACAAUUUAUUUUUGAAUAAAAAGUACAGCAUCGAAAUGUGCUCGCUGACUUUACACUUUAUCAUCUCCUUUAUAGACUACUUUGUAAAGAAAAAACGAUCAAGGGGGAUCAACUUCAGCAAAAAGAAUAAUGCAAUUUUUCUUGAACUUAAUAAAUAUAUAUACUUUGCUAAACUUUUGAUGAACGUACUUGUAAGCAAUUAUGAAACGAGAGUAGAACAGACCAGCAGAAGAAAUGUGAGCCGGGGAAAUGUCUGGGAAGAUCUGAAAUCUUUUCAAAUUUCGAAUGGCAGAUCCCACGAACCCAAUUUUUUCAGUUCCCUCUAUCUUAGUGUGUACAAUAUGUAUGAUUCGAUAGGGCAAAUAUUGUACGUAAAAAAAUCGGCCUCUGAUAAGAUAGGUAAGCUCCUUCAGGGAGAUAGCACUGUGGACAAUGCUAGAAGUGGGGGUAAACCAAAUGACCAGGCGAAUGGAGCAGCAGAGGGUGAGACUACUCCCCCGCUGAAAAGUAAAGUUGAUAGAAAAAGUAGCAAGUGGAAUGAUGGAGAGUCGCUACCCCCUGACGAGUCGUUUCGCACCUCUAAUGAGGGAACUUCCCAGAUGGUUGGGAAACCAAGCACAAUUUGUGCGGAAGGAGGAAGCACAAAGGGUAGAAGCGUAAAAAAGAGUGAACCCUCUAAUUCUGACCGUUCGAAGCUAAUUAUAGGGAGAAGCAAUCUUGGGAUUCACGAAACUGUUCAGAGGGAGUACGUCUCAUCAAAUGAUAAAAUGGACAAUGCUGAAAACAUUAGGAAUCUCAUUUUUUACCUGUGCUACGCCUUCAUCGCCACUACGAAGAGGGACAAGAAAGGACUUCCAUACUUUUAUGUGAAAGACGUCCUAUAUAGAGAGGUCGAUACCUCGAAUAAGUUACUUUGUAACGAGCGCCCCUUCGAUAGUGUCAUUUACGACAUACUCAAUAGCAACGAUUUGAGCACAGUUAUUUAUUACAUUUACACGAAGAAGUAUGAAUUCUUUUUGAAUUUCCUUCUUCUAUAUUUUAACUACAACCUUCUGCACAAUUUUUUGCAAAGCAAUCGAGACGACUUCGUAAGGAGAUUCGCCUACGCAGCUGCUCGGGUGAGUGUGAACAGCGGGGACGAUCAGGCCAAUUCGAAGGUCGAUCCCCAGGGAGAGAAGAAGCCUACCAGAGAUAUGACGACGAAUCAGACGGCCAAGCAGAACACCAAGCAGGCGACCAAACAAACAACGAAGCUGAAGAUAAAGGUAAAGACAAACGGACAGACUAAGGAAUUGAAAGGAGAAUAUAACGCACUUUUCAACAAACUUCUAAGCGCUAUUAUAAACGACUCUGGAAUUACAGUUACCAGGGGAGAGACGCACAACUGUACCACCUUUAUUGAUUAUUUGUUCAAGGGCGAGGGGGGCAACGCUUCACUAACUGGUAAAGAAAAUGAAGGGCUGAUUAUUCGCAAAAAUGGUGCCCCUUCCAAGGAAACUGCUACCUCGUGGAACUACACCAAUGGGAUACAUAACGGGGGAUGUGAGCCGAAUAGAGAAAUUGGCUCCACAGAUAAAUGUUCAGUUAAGGGAAACCAUAACAAGGAUGAAGUGCAAAGGGGUAAAAUGAACCGCCUCUAUGGUAACCCUGGAAUGAACUCCACCUGCAAGCGUGUCAUUGAAGAAUUGUCGAUGUGCUCCCCUCAUAAAAUGCAAUUCGAAGAAAACAAGCACACAUUGAAGAACAACAUAUUGAAGAUAUACAAGAUGUACGACACUCUGAAUGAUAGCUUCACAAAGUUAAAAAACGAAAUUCAAGUGAAAAAUAUAAACACAUUUCUGCAUUUUCAAAAUGAUAUAAAAAGGAUUUUAAAGAACAACCUAGUAAGUGUAAUAAUGGGCAUAUACAAAUUAGUCAUGGAAGAUAAAGUGGAGUGUAAUUCUCAUUUUAAGCAGAACGUAAUGAAUCAUUUGAUGAGUAAUGCGAAGAUCCCAUUUUGCUUCAUCCAUUUGAACCCCCAUAAAAUGGUCAUAAAUUACUAUGGAACUAUCAUAUAUAGGUUGCUAUGUAACAAUAUAGACUCCUACUUGAACGUGUGUGUAGGCAUAUUAAAAGUACUAUGUGUGGAUGUGUUGAAAUUCUUAAAGAAGAUUGCCAUAAAUACUCUGAAGAAAUAUAUAAGAAAUAAAUUGCUCCUAUUUUUGCGUAAGAAUGGCUGCACAUUUAGUGUAGCGGAUAAGAGGGCUAUCAAAUUUGUGGCAAUUCUGGAACUCUUUUACAGAAAUAGUUCCUACGUAGCUGAGCAUAACAAAGCAUACACAGAUUAUAUGUUGAACAGAAAUGUUUUUAAUCUUUAUCACAGUGCAGCAUUCUUAGGUGCACUCAAGAAGAAACUACACCGUAGUGGCCACAACUACGUUCAUGACAGCAUAUACAAAGAGAAAAGCCCGUUGAGGGUUUUUACUCUCCUUAACAUGUUCGAUGCGUCUAACCUGGGAAACACCGACUUUGUCAACCAUUUCGAUCACGCCUCGCAUCUAUAUGUGCCGUUCGUUAUUCAGAAUUUUUCUAACACAUACUACGUGCCGGGUGAGAGAGAAAGGCGGGGGGAGGAAGCGACGGCGAGGGAAAGAAGGGACAACAAAAGAGAAAUAAGCAACGCGCACUUGAACGGUGCAAAAACAACAAUAAGCCAUUUUUCACUGAUCUGGAUAAAUACCAAACGAAGAAACACGAAGAAAUGUCACCUAGUGCGGAUGAAGAGGGGUUACUUUAUCAAGAUGCGACACAGUGGGAGAAUGAACAACAAUUUGCGCCACACACGAAGAGACGAAGUGGCUAUACGUCGAAGCAAUAAAAGGGGACAACCUAUUUGGGGGAAAAAAAAAAAAUUAAAUAUGCACACAAAUGAGUACAUCAAACUAUAUGAACAUGAACGCUGUCACGCGACAGAUUUGUUCUUUGAAAAUUUGGACAGAUUAUCCCUCCAAGGGAGCAAACAAAUGAUUGAUAUCAUGUCCCAUAUUGAAGGAACACAUAGGGACGAUAUCCCCCGCGAGUGCGGUCUCCCAUCUGGUGAGCAGAAUGAGAAAGGAACAAAAAUUGCAGCAAAUGAACAAGUACAAUUUAAUUCUACAAUGGUGAAUGUUGCCAGAAGUCAACCCACGAAGGACCCCAGUUGGGAAAAGAAACACUCUAGCAAAAUUUCCAGCUGCUAUUACACAAGCAGAAGGGGGAAUAACAACGUCGUUACAUUCAACAUGGCGAAAAAUUGGAUGAAAUUGAAAGGGGAGGAAGUAGACGACUUGACAAUUAUCAGUUACAGAAAUUUUAGCAGCAAUAUAAUUAGCGAAAGGAGUAAUAUACUACUGAGUCGAAAAGACUCGUACAGGAGUUGCCAAGAAAAAGGAAAAGGAUACUAUUUCCAUUUUGACAACUACGACAACGAGUGUUACUGCUUCUCCUGUGUCGGCACUCAGGUAAAAAAAGGAGAAGAUGACGGUAAAAGAGAAGGCAACCAAAUGAUUCAGGCUGAUUAUAACUAUAGCAAUGUGGACUCGGUUGAUGAUUUUGUAGUGCACAAUAAUCAGACCAUCGAGACCAUCUCAGAAAUUGCCCACAAAGACAGAAUUGCUGCUAAUGAGACAAAUCUGAAAAGCGUUUACGUAAAUGAUACGUUUGUAAUUGAGCAGAGGGAGAAGACAACCCCCGAGGACAUGUUCAUGCAAAGAAUCAAAUCGAGGGAGAAAAUCCAUCACGCAUGUUUGAAAUGUGAAGAGAAGGGUGAAAAAUCAUCCGGGAGAUUAGCACACUUUGAAAAAAGUCACAAAGGGAAACACCCCAUUGGAGAACGUUCUUAUCGACUUACUCCGUGCGAUUUCCGUAGCAGCGGUUCCUACCUCUGCUGCUCCAUCAGCAUGUUAAAAACCCUAGACAGAAACAUCAUGAUUAGAAUUAUUCUACAAAAUAGGGGCAUGAACUUUUUGUACUUCCUUAUGAAAUAUUUUGCCAAAAAGGGGACCCAAAAAUGGUUUUCACAACGUGGGACUUACUUCCUCGAGGGAGAUCUUACCCGGGUGAGAAACGAAACAGGGGGAAAAAACAUCCACCAUUUGAAGCGCUCCAAAAGAGGGAGAACUCUGUUGCCGUCUUCACCUGCACAAGAGGAAACACUCACCGAUCAUCGGAUUGUUCUUAAAAAUGCACAUGUUAAAUUCAAAGCGGAUAAAGAAGGGCGCGUCGGAGGCGAACAGCCCCUUCUAGAAGACAACCCCAUUUACAAACGCGUACUUUUAAAAAACAAACCGGGAAAAAAAAACAAAAUAGAGGCAAAAAAUUUAUUCUAUGAAUUAAUCAAACUUAUUAACAUAAGGUCCUACAACUCGCGUUUGUUUUUGCACAUCCUGGAAUACUACGCAGAUAACAGUGACUUGUCUGCUCUGUUCACCCUUCUGCAAACGUUAAAACAUUUUAGCGAUAAUUUUUUCCAGACGGUUCACAAGUCGGCUGAGUUUAACUUUUACGAAAGGAUCAAAAUUGGGAAGAGCAUCCAUCGGGUGGGAACAAAACGGGGUGAAGAGGGAAAACAUCACUUGAGGGUACAUUCCAAACUUGCGGAAAAGUCCCACAGGAGUGGUCAACACCUGGACGAAUAUGAAAAAAGUUUUUUAAAAAUAAUUAGUUACAUUCAAAAUGAGUUCCGAAAUGAGUGCACACCUUACAUUUACAGUUUUGUCGAGUCUGUACUGGAGGCACAUGGGAUUUUCCUCUUAAAUUUUGACUCAUUGUAUAACGUAAAAAUUUUGCACCACUCCCCUGGUAGUGAAAGCAUUCACAGUGUGGCACCAAAUGAGGAACCUGCAAAAAGGAAUGUCUUAAAUGAUUUUCCUAAGGUGCAGAGCGCCGUAAAAUCCCACCUUUUCCGUGCUAGUCGCUCCAAAAGGUGCGCUGAGAACACAAACAUCUGCUACUCCAUGAUGGUUAAACUGAGCAGGAAUCUUCUAUGUUUGAAUUAUAUAUCAUACGAAAAUGUUGGAGGAAAAUUUAACACAGAUAUCUCCGUCGGAAAGAACAGCAGCCUCAUGCAGUACAGGCAAAAGUACCUAACUUCCAGCCGGGUGAACAAACUCCACAAGUACAUUUUAACCUACCUGCUGGGAAAUCAAAGCUACACAGGAAUAUACUUCUUCGUGUUGAUGAACAGCAAGCUAUUUCGAUUUCCAGAGAAUUGCAACUAUUUAGUAAAGGAGCUUUACAAAAGAAAACAUCGUUUUUUCUUCUUUAGCCGAUCCUCCGAGUCACACCUUCGUUAUUUAUCUUGCUACAUAUAUUCCCAGUUGCGCAACAAUUUGUUAGCUCUGUCUUUGUACAAUUUGGCGGACAUAUUUUUGCACGACUGGGAGGAGUUUUCCGCAAAGGGUGAGACUGUCAAAGUGGUAAAUGUACACAAAAGCAGUGAAAAAAAAGGAGUCCAGUGGAGCCAAUUUAGGGCCGCUAAUGAAGGGUCUGUCCCACGAAAGCUACCCAUCGACGAACUUCACCACGAGGAGGCAAUAUUCCACGCGCAAAAGGGGAGAGACUCGCCAAUCUGUCCUCGCAGAGAUGCCUCUUACAACGUCAACAAAGUAGCAAAUGAGCACAUGCAAGGGGAAGCACUGGGGCAAUCACAUCACGACGAUGCGGAAGGAACGAACUCCAUUGUGAACUCCAUUUUGAGAAGAGACAAAGAUUCCAUUCCCUUCAUGUCCCUUCACGUGCUGUGCUUUCUAAAUUUUAAAUUAUUUCUUUGCAUCUUCAUGUUUAGCAAUGUGGACAUCUUUGACUUGAAAAAAAAUAAAGAAAAUAGUCCAACUUAUGUAAACAUAUAUUUUUUUAAAAAAUUAACGAAGAAGUUUAUGCCCUCUAUGUAUGAAGCGUAUUUUGGAAGCAAAACAUUUUUGAAGGCCAAAUUUAAAAUCAGGUUGGAAGAGGAAAAGGGCCCAAACAAGGACCUGUUCAAGUUGGCCAUCCGAAAUUUAGCGAAAUAUUCGGAGAACUACCUCAAAGUGGGGAAGCCGAGGAAUGCACUUCAGCAGGGGGGCUCACACAACAAGACAGGGAAGGGCUCUCACAUCCUAUGCUUCGAAAACAUCCCAAUAGUGAACAAACUGUGCACUUCUCGCUGGAGUCGCACAGAUAGGAAGUCCAAUUUGAUAGAAGCCGUCUCGAAGAUGAAAAAACGCACAUGUUCUGAAAAAAAAAUCCGUCAUUCUGUGAUGCAGUUAGAACACUGUUAUGAUUCAUUCACCUAUAACAAGGACUUGUCAUUAAAGCAAUUGCUACAACAGACGGUGGACGAAACGUUCUUUAAAACCCACUUUGUCCCCUUUUCCAUUUUUAAAAAUAUUUUUAAAAGGGAAGAAGAUUAUCCGUCAUUGGAAUGUAUGGAUGAGGCUGCUUCGAAGGGAGGGGAUAUAAAAGAGAACCUUGAAGGAAAAGCACAUUCAAAAAAGAACCAGCGCGUCGAGGCGUAUCGCCUAUUUUGUAGUGACUCCCUCGCUGAAAAUAAAACGUUGCGGGGCAUGUACAACUAUAGGACAUUCUUUUCGGACGUGAGGAGGGGCCAAAAAACAGACCAUUACGAGAGUUAUGUGGCAAAAAUUAGGGGUGGUGACCUAAAAAAGGGGGAAUUAAAAAACGAAAUGAGGAAAUCUACCUUUUGUUAUGGACAGGGCAAACGUUACUAUGAUGGUACGCCUGAGGAUCCCCCGCAGUGUGGACAGAAUAACUGCAGCCCGAUCAGCAAAAACCGCUUCUAUUUUUUAAAACAUUUUGAUGUGAAGCAUUUCCUGAUUUCCUGCCAACCGUUGGUAGCAUAUCACAUCCUGAUCAUUAACCAUGUCCAAUACAGACACAGAAGGGAAGGAGACCUAUCAAAAUAUCUAUAUAUAAAUAACUUCGACACGAAAGGGUGCAACGAUUAUCUCUUAAGUAGCAAGGUUCACUUACCCCUAAAUUUAACAGAAGAUUUAAAGAAUGUGAUUAGCGACUUAUGUUUGCAGCUGAGUAUCUUCUACUUUAACAACAACGAUAUUCUGUGUUCCCUGUUAUGCUUCCUACAUCUGUGUAAUGUCAACAUUGAAAAAGUGAAAAUGUACAUCCUUUCCAUGAAGAGUAUAUAUUAUUACUUUAAAAAGAAUUAUAAGAGGAGGGCCUUCUUUGACAAGUGGGUAAAAAACUGUAUGGACUUGCUCAAGAUGGAUAAUUACACCCUUGAUGAUUUUCGCAAACAAAGGAAGAAUAUAUUUUACGAAAGCUUUAACCUCACAGGUAUCAAUUAUUAUGACUUGUUUGAAAAAAGCUUUAUCGAAUUGAUUGUCAUUAAACUGUUUUUAGAUCUCUUCAAAGAGGGGGAACAAACGGACGUGGACUGUGCUACCCCGGAAAGGGCAAACAAAUGGGUCACGCAAAAUAGCAUCAGCACAAGUGAGACGUUGGGUCUUCCAUGUAAGAAAGACGAAGAAGGGGGAACAACUGUGGGAGUGCUCAUUGGGGAUAAGUACAAAACUAUAGAAACGCGUAUGAACAUGUGCAAUGGAAGGGGUAAGUGCGACUUGUCCGUUUUGCAUAGAACGGACACAGAUAAGUUACUCCCCCGUGAGGAGAAUCAACCUAGGGGGAGAAAUAUCAACAGAACGAAUCAGAGCAUAGCCAUUCCCGAUAAAGAUGACAUCGCCCUGAGAGGAAACAUGAAUGAGUACCAUUUGGAGGAGACACAACCGGGAAAGCAACGCAACCGUGCAGGGGUAGGGGCAGAUUACUACACAAGCAAACCGGAGUCAAAAAAGAUGUUCAUCCUGAUUCUGCUAGAAAAGUCCAUACAGUAUAGAAUAAGGGACAAGAAGAGGAAAAAGAAGAAAAAAAAAUACUUUAACGAUUUUUUAAACAUCAUUUCGCUCUACUGCAAAGUGAACAAUGUGCACCAGCCCCUAACGUUGCUACACAUUUUGAGCAAAAAAAAUGACAUUUUUAUAUUCUUCUACGAAUGUAUUGAUAAAAAUAUAGACAUUAAGACGUGCCAAGACAUCGUGAAUUUAUACACAAAGAAUAAGCACACCAAGAGGCACAUACUCACCUUCUUAAAUCAUGUUCAACAAUAUAUGAACACAAUAAUGAGAUGUCAAGCGGGGGACAAAGCGCACAAUUUGGAACAACAAACUGCCGAAGCCGAAAGCGUCGGAGGUAGGGAUAACUGCAGAGAUGAGAUCCUCAAUAAUGGUAGUGGAUACAAAUCUACCAACGCACUGCUGCAAAAGAUACAAAGCGUCUUUACGGGGAAUACCCAUUUUUACAAUCGCGAAAGUGACACAAUCUACGCAGGAAAAACAAUUCUGGAGUUACUCUACGAUUUGAUUUACAACAAUUAUGACUACAGGCGUGUGCAGAAUGCUGUCGAAAUGGUUAUCAGGCAUAAUACCUUUUACACGAAAUUUUAUAUAUACCUGAUGGCCUACGUGCAGUUUAUUUUUAGAAGCACUUUUCCCCACCUAUUUGUGGACAGGUGCAAAAGGGCAGUAGGAGUAAUGUCCACCCAGAAGCAUCUUAACCUUAGCCACCUGAACAAACAUGAAAAAACCUUUGGAAGGAAAUUUUACUCAUAUGAUGAUCUUCACAAUUUUAUAGCAUUGUUUAAAAAAAAAAAAGCAGAAUAUAGCAACUUAAUGGUCAUGUUAAAGAACGUGUGGUUUUACCUACAAAUUCGUGGGUAUCUAUUAUAUCUCAAAGAUAUGCAACUUUUAAACCUGGAGAAGUUGAAAUUUUACCACUGUGUGCAUAAUUUAGGGGAGUACCAAGUGAAGAGGAUGGACGUCUUUUUCGAUGUGAUGAAAAAAAAAGAAACGACAUAUGUGCUAAUUUUUUUUCUCCUUACCAAUGGUAUAUACAAUUUACUGGACAGAUUUCUCUACAUCUUUUAUUUUGACAAACCCAUAGUUUGCUUCUGCAAUUUUGUGCGAUGUGUUCGCGAGUGUCAUUUUGACCUGGCACUGCAUUAUCUGAAGAAGCAUUACAACAAGUACAUUAGGAGGAGGUGCACAAAUGGAAACAAUUUAUACUACUUUUUUUUUAUGCACCUUGUAAAUUACCUCUUGAUGGAGCGACCCAGUACGAGACAUAUCAUUCUGGAGAUGCUCGUACGAACAAGGCAAGACUGCAAAUACGAUUUUGCUUUUUAUGCGCAUAACGCUCUGGUGAAUGUGAACCUGAGGAAGGAUAUUCACUUCACCAUUUUGGAUGCAUGCGAAGAAUUAGCAGAUAGAAAAAAAUUUGAGAGGGCCCAAAAAAUGCUGAUUGAUAUUCAUGCGUCUAUAGAAAAGACCUCCUCGAAAUAUGCCUUCCCGUACAACAAGGGGCACAUUGCAUUGAGCAGAUUUGUUCUGACACAUUACACAUGUUUUAAAAACUUUUUAUUUAUCAUAAAGGAGAAACAUUACGUGGACGACUACCUAAUUGCGCUGUAUAAUGUGUCCCUCUCGUGGGGAUACUCGAAAGUAAUUUUCCUCACCUUUCUUUUGAACUACUCAUACACAUUUCAAUCCAAUUUAAGUGUCUACGAUCAGACAACCAUUUUGCUACUCUGUAUAUUGAUCACAAAUAUGUUGAGAAAAGAAUCCAAUCAGGUGUGCGAAAAGGUUAGCGGGAAAAGAAAACCCAUCUUCCUGUACGUGGAGGAAAAGAUACUAUCAACUAGAAAGCUGCUUAGUAGGAACUCUAAAGGGAGAAGAAGGAAGGAGACGGAGAGGGAGAAAAAGAAGGAGAAGCAGAAUGAGACAGAGAAGGAAAAGUGCCCCAGCCUGUCCAUACUGAACUUCCUGCCCCUUAACAAUGAAGAAUGCGAAAAUUUGUUUCUAUUUAAAGACUACAAUGAGAAUAGAAAAAAAUAUAUAAAAUAUCAUGAGGACACCUUUCCCAACUUUGAAGCAGACAAUGAGCAUCUGCAGUUUCGCGAUGAGCUUUACUACUACGAGGCCAAGUUCUUCCGCAAUUUUGAAAGAAACGUACAAAUUGUUAAGCACCUGUGUGUGAGUAAAAAGACAACAAACGAUCUGAAAUUGAAAGUAUUGUAUCUCCUGAACCUAUCAACAAGGGAUAAAAUUUCUAUACAAUUUAAGCAACUGAGUAUACCUCGGAUAAAACACAUUUUAAAAAAAAUCAGGACGCAAAGAAAUCAAAAUACAGUAGUGCAUGUGCACAGCGUCACUAAAACGAGGAUUCCCCCAUGUGGAGUUACAACAGAUCGGCAGUUAAAACGGAUAAGCCAAUUUUGCAGGAAGGGGGAAGCACCAAGUGAUGAAAAUGUGACAAAUGUGAAUUACGUGGAAGGUAUACAAAAGGGCCUUCUACCAAAGUCCACCCAAGGAAUAAGCUUAUAUGGGAGCAACAACAUGCUGACGACGAGGCCUACUGGAGAGCUCCCUAACCCUCAUGACCCCUCCACGUAUUGCAAAAAAAAGGAAGCCAUAUAUUCAGGAAGUCGUGAUAUAAUCCUUAAUCAAGGAAAGGACAUCGGAAAGGAGAAACAAAAGCAAAAUGACUCACAUGAUGAAAAAUUCAUUUUUAGGGAAAAGAGUCAUAAAAGGCUCGCAAACCAUGAGGACAACAUAACCAUUUUGGUGAGCAUUUUUAUAUGUAUAAAUAAUUUAAUUAACAAUUUUGAUGUGAUCACGGCGCAGCGGAUAGUAGACAAGUUUUCCAUUUUGAGCAUAUACAAGGAAAUAAAGAGGGGUGAACGGAUGAUGCUAAAAAAAGGCACACCGUCGAAAGAGUCAUUUCGACAGAACGCAAAAAAGAGCACCAAUACGCGUAGAAGUAACCUAAAUUGCCAUGUCAAACGGGAGAAGGGAAGCACAAAUAUACACAGGGGAGAGGUAUCAACGUCGAUGGAAUCGCGAUCCAUUUUUGACGUCUGUCUAAGUGAUCGAAACGAUGAGAAGUGGCCUCCCCCUUAUGACCCGUUUCGAAAAAUAAGAAAUUAUACCCUCUUUAAUAAAAACGAAAUUGAUGCAAAAAAAAAUCUGGAAACAAAAUUAAACAUGAAAAAUGACAAGUCCCAUAUGCACAUUGACGAUAUAUAUAAGUACGUUCACUACAAUUCGGUUUAUGCCCUCGUUAUAUAUUACUGUUUGUGUAAUGGCCCCAGAUCGGGGGAGGAUCUAACGAAUUUAUUAUCCCACAAGAGGGGAAAAAGAACUUCCAACCUGUUGCAACACCUGUUUGAAAGAGCCAGAAAAAAAUGCAGUUGCGAUAUUUAUGCAUUUAUUCUAAGGGCAGAAUUAUUACUUACCGUUAAAAGCCGAAUAUGUGGAAUGAGUGGUCUUAUAACAAGACCGGUGCUCCAUCAAUCAAAUGGCGACCCCCUCCUGUUAACACUAUACUUUUACCUUCUAAAAAAUUCAGUUAGCCUAAACGGAACGAAGGCGUUCGAUGCGUCCGUCGGAUUGAAAUUCACGUACUUGUUUAAAAGCAAAAUGAAUACCCUUGCUACAAAUUUACUGAUUUAUCAUAACUUUAUUUUAUUCCUUUUAAGUAACUUCCAAAAGUACUGUUUGCGCGAACGUCUAGAUAAAAGCCGCGUCACUGGCAGUGGUAAUAUGGCUAUCUCUCUGCAGAGGUGCACUCGGGAGAGGAAAAAAGAAAAGGAGCACUCAACAGGGCACUCACAUUCGGAGAAUGGCGUCGCCAAGGGUAACACCGCCAAGAAUGACACCUCCAAGAGACGAUACACGGAUAGAAUUUUCCUUUACCACGAAUGCUCCCACGAAUUCUUCAGUCAGUAUACAAAUAUGAUAUUGACCAAUUCAUGCAACUGGUUAUAUGGGAGAUGCUACUUUAGGAGCCUGCUGGAUGUCUACUUCUACCUGUUGCGCGUGAUGAUAAGGAAUGGGCGCAAAGGGGAAGGGCCACGGAGUAGGAGGAAACCAGGAUUCUACUACCGCCAGGGAGAUAUUCGCAAACUCAUGGAAGGAAUCAAAAAAGGAGAUCCCAAUUUUUCCAACAUAUUAUGUUCCAACCUGAUUAGAUUCUACCGAAAGGAGUGCAUAGUCUUACCCUCAGAAGUAGAAGUAGAGAUGCUUAUCUUCUUAUACAAAUUAGCGUGCAAAUUCACAUCAGAGCGGCAUACCACUUACAUUACGAAUUUGAUCAAAAUGAGAAGGCACAUGUAUCUAAGAAGGAAAAAAAGGCACCUCAUUUUUCGACUUCUGGUAAACAUAAACGAGUAUGACAAAUUAGACUUCCUAUUUAAACUACUCUUUGAAGAUAUGUCCAUUUUUGAUUUUUUAAAGUAUAACAGAAACAUGUUUUUGUCUCUGAAUGUGUACAAUUUCAAUUGCGACCUUAGCGUUUCGCUCAAUAGCAGCUGUUUAUUGUACAAUCAGACAUUGUGCAAGUUAGGUCCCACGCGUGCUGGGGUAAACGAGUAUUACCGUGCAGAUCGGCUGUCUGAGGAAAAGGCACCAGGGAGUGGCACCCAAAGGGUAGAGACGGUAGUUAACCACUCGGGUGAUGAUGUGGCUCCAAAUAGAGGCAUCAUUCGGAGACGCAAAAAUGCUCAGGCGAAUGUGAGGAGCGGCGGUAGAAGCGCCAGCAAUCGAGCCAAUAAUCGCGCCACUAAUUACGCCAGUAAUCACGCCAAUAAUCACGCCAGUAAUCACGCUCUGCAACGCAGUGGAAAAAUUAAAAAUGAAAAAGUUCUGCACCUACUGAACGCCGUGCACGAUUUGUACAGAGAAGAAAAACAGGAGAAAAAGAGGGCAGAGCAAAACCAAGUAAACAUUUUCUACAAUUUUAAAGGAUUAAAAUUUUCAGAUUUGAUCAAUUUUUACGAAGAGAAUUACGUCAAAACAUUUGAAAAGAGCAAGAUGAUCCCCUCUGCUUCUCCCUUUAUAUUUUAUGAUGACCAUUUGUUUGUCUACAUAUUGUCCUUCUACGUGGUGCAAUACUGCAAAGAGUUUUCUAAAUGCGACAUGGAAAUGUUAGCACGGGUUUAUAAACAAGUGGGACUGAAGCAUGAGCUGUACGAACUGCUAAGUCGGGAAGCAAACAGCUGUGUGCAAAGUUUAAAGGGAAAUAAAGACGUGUUUGAUCUAUUGCACGUUCGUACAAUAAUCGUUUGCAUAAACCUCCUACACCAUUGCGCUCUCAUAUUACUAGAAAUGGCCAAUUUAUAUGAGUACCACACAAACUUGAACGAUAUUUACCUCCUAAUUUUGCAGCUGAAAUAUGUAUAUUUGCACAAUAAGCUACAUUCACAACAACGGAAAAGCAGCAAUUUCUUAGCUUAUUUCGACAAAUGCAUUGCUUUCAACCAUUUGGGGCGUAAAAAAUUGUACGAAGACAAUUUUGAGAAGAUGUUUGACCACGUUGUACAGGAGAACAUUCCCAUUGGCAACUACAAAAUAAACUUCCUCAAUUUAGGUCUUGAAGAUUUUAUUUCGUUGGUGGAGCAACACCCUGUGUUUUACGAGACGCUGAUUUUGUUGAAGGCCUACGAAAAAAAUUACGACGAUCUGGUGUACGCCUUUAUCCCCAAAAUUUUAUACAUCCAGGUUAUCCUUCACGGCAAUAAAAAAUAUUUAAGGGAUUACUGCUCCUACAGUUGCGUCGACAACAACACCAUAAAAUAUGUGGCUAAGUUGUUUCAAAUUAACAGCAUUCACUUAAAAUUUCAUAAAAAUUUCCCAACCGAAAAGUAUAAGUAUUUGAGUGCCAAGAACGACGUGCUGACGUUUGAUUUUUCUCGAUACAUUUUAUCCGCCAUAAAUAUACAACCCACUCGCGCCGGGGAAAAAGAAACAGUUUGGGACUACGCCCAUCACGUGCGUUCGCUGAAGCACAUACUUGGCGAAACAACCAAUAUCGAUUUGAAAAUGAAGGUUUGCAAAAGCCUCGGACCCGACUUUGAUGACUUGUUUUGUGAAUGCAGGAACAUUUUGAACUUAACGAUGAACUAG